AUGUUAUCCCUUAUGAAAAUUUCACAAUCAUAUGACUACACAUAUGAAAGUGGUUUUUCACACGUGAAGUGUUCCAAUUCCGCAUAUCGUUAUGUAAUUAACGUACAAUAUACUUUAAAUAUUCAGGUCAAGAAAUAGCUGGUGCCGCAUUUGGAGGCACUGUUAGUGCUAGAAGACGGAAGCGUCACGCACUUGCACGGAAGAGCAUGAAGAAGGAGAUCAUUGAAUUAUUUCCAGGUCGACUUUUUGGUAAAAAAGAAGUAACUACACUACCAAGGAGAACAACUUCAAAAAGUUCUAUUAGUGCCAGAGUCAAGAUUCCUGUACUAAACACAUUCACAUUGUGUUUCUGGAUCAGAACUAAAGAUGAUUUUGCUCAAAUAUUUGCGAUAAUAUACAACAAUAGUCGGAAUCGAGCUAGAAUCGAUGUUUCUAUUCGAAGGGGAAGAUUAGUUUUGGGUUUGGAUGGUAAACAGAGGUAAUCCAUCAAUUUCUUCCAAAUCCUUCAAAACUUAGAAUUUACCUAUACAUAGUAUGAACAAUUCCUACUGCGAUCACAGCCUUAAUUCAAGGUUGCUAGUUUAUCAAACUGGUCUGAAUUAAAAGAGAUUGGAUGGCUAAUGUAUUAUUCUCCGGUCGGAUAUGAAGCUAGAUAAAAUAUGUCCUGAUUUCACAUUUUUACAUAUUAAGGUGGCUCCCUACAGUUUUGAUUGUCAGCACACAAUUGUAUUCAAAAAACCAUUAUUUUAUCAUCUUGCAAAGUAUGAUCACGAAACUGGGCCACAUAACUGCUACAAUAUCGCAAAUUACGAAAAAUAAAAAAUGUCGUUAAAAAACCCCGUUGCCAUGGUAACAAAGCGAUUUUAAAAAGGGCCAAUUUGCAGAUUCUUUGAUAAUUUUUUGCACACAGUAAUCUUGUCUAUAAUUCCUUCAAAUGGUAGCAUUUAAAAAAAAUCGUACGAGAAUUUUUUUUUAAUCCUCAAAAAGCCCUGUUUUCGGAAUAAAAAAAAUUCGGCUUGUACGAUUUUCUUAAAACUUGCACAUUUUACGCACUUCAAUAUUGCAGGAAAGUGUGUGAACUUUUACCGAAGGCAACACGAGAAAAAUGCAUUUAUUUUUAUCUAUGUGACGUCACAAAAAUCAGGGUUUCAAUUUCCUUGCGCAACCAGCAAACAAUCCCACGAAGGCCAGCGCGUGUAUAUCACGUCGCAAUUUUAAAAAACCCUCCACGCGUGUAACGUCGACCACGCGUGUUGCGUGUGGCACUACUAAUCUCGCGCGUGGACAAAAUUUCCGCGACACAGACAUAAAACUGUAGGGAGCCACCUUAAAGCAUUCCAUUUAAUUUCUUUUUUUAUUCCAUUCCAUAAUAAUAAUUUCUAAGCGAUUUUGAAACAUUAGAAUGGUUACCGUUCAAUGGCUUCCUGGUUAAUGGAUGUUGCAAGCACUCAUUUGAAAGCACUCAAUAUAUCCAAUCUUAUUUUCAGAUCAAAUGAAAAGUAUAAUAAUGCCCCUCUUAAGCGAACUUAUAUCAGACUAGACAUUCGCACAACAGCGGAGCGAAAUAAUGGCAGCAGAAUUUACGUGUGUUCACACUACGCCGUUACAGUUUGUUUGCAAAUUAAAUUUUCACUCAUGUAAACCAAAAAUAUUUCAAAUAGCGAAGAGAAAUUUAAACCAAAAACAUGUACUGUUUUGACUUUUGAGACCUCCGUUUUCCUGAAACCAGCGAAGUGUGAACGUUGUCUGAAUCACAUACCAUGCGAGCGUAGCGCAGUAAACUCAAAUGAAAUAUUUUAUAUUCUCUAGGACUGUGCAAAAUUGUGUGCUAAAUGACGGCAACUGGCAUCACGUUUGUGUUUCACUUCAAAAUACCUCGCGACUGUUCAUUUAUCGGGAUGGCAAAAACGUACAUAAACUAAUCUUCCGAUUUUCUAGAGCAAGUCGUGCCAAACACACAGAAGCGAAAUUCGCAUGGGUUUACCUUGGAAAACGCCCAGGUAGGAAAAUUAACAGUUCUUUGUUGGUAGGCCAUGCAGUAAAAAUUGAUCUCCCAAUCCAGUAGUAAAAUGAUUGAUCACUCAUCGUUAAAAUUUCAGCCAAAUCGACGUGUCCAGCCAGUGAGCUCCAUAUAUUUCAGGAGCAAGAAGAUGGCCGCCAUUUCGUAAACAGCUUUUAUACCAUUUCCCCCAGCUAAUUACAGUUUUUCUAACGGACCGUAUCGUUAAUCAAGUUAUCAAGUUCAUAAAACCAUAGUGUUAUUCUUUAAAUCGAUAUCAAGAUACGAACUUGCGGCACACUCCUUGCCUAGAUGGCGGAAAUUGAAGGAGCUAUUGGGCGUCAGUUCCAGUUCUUUCUUAUUGUUUUUCUACGCGGUCAAUUAACACGAAGCUGUAUUCAUUUUUUGGACUCCAGUUCUUGCUCCAGAUAUAUAUGGAGCUCACUGAAACCAGCCUAACACAAGUUAAACUAAUUAAAGAAUUAAAGUUUUCUCAAUUCUAAUAGCUGCGGUGUGAGAAACAGUUGUGUGCUGGCUCCUGGUCGUUAGGGGGGGGGGGGGUGACAUGUAACCUGAGAUCAGGCUCUAUUUUACAAAUAAUAGCCUGACACAAUCCUUAAUCCGAUCGCUUUCCACCCAUAGCAAAGUUUAUAUUUAGUAUCCAAUCAAAAUCUCGCAAGAGAAAUUUAAAUUUCACACAACGACAACAACAAUCUAAUUAUAGUUGUGAUCACUAUAAAUAUAUCAACAACAAUAGUAUAAUCUAAUUCGCACCAACCAAUCAAAUGACAGAUUAAAAAAUCUUUUGUCUCAUAAACCAAUCAGAUUUACAACCGAAAUACGGUUGUAAAAACAUGGACUUUUGUUAAGGUAUGUAUAUGGCCUAUUUAUUUAUUUAUAGGCCUGAUCGCAGGUUAGGUCACCUGAAACUUUUCCGCCCAAAAUUGGAGAGGAGGGGGUGGGGUGCGGGUAAAAUGGACCAUUAUGGUUUAAUUUCACGCGUUUUUGGCGCCCUCAGUACCAGUGUGCACCCGUGAAAUCCCUCGUAGAGGGAUGCCCUCCGCUCCCUCUGCAAGCACGCCACUGGUGAGAAAAAUGCAAUUACCUAAAAAUAUAAGUAAAAUUCGACGCUUUGGAAAUUAUAGAUAUCCAAUCAUGGCCUUUCGCUCGAAACGCCAAAGUGGUAUUUCUCUCACACAGGCGUUAAUCGUUCGAGAUUUUAUCAAUAGAGAGAUUAAAAUAUCCCGGUUCUGUUUUACGGGUACGCAUUGUGUCAUUUUGUUUACCAAUUAUGCUGAUGUCAGCAUAUUCACAAUAAUUUCUACCCGUUUCCCCGCGGUAAACCAUGAUCUCCACAUAAGACAAACGGGAAUGGGUGUUUACUAUUUCUAGGGCAUUUAAAUAGUAAAAUAGUAACUAAAUGAAUCAAUGCACAUUUGCUCGUAAAAUUGUUCCCAAAUUUAUGGUGAACCUCUACAGCAAAAGCUAGUAUAUAUAUCCUCGGAUCGGCUUUCGUACCUGGGAAUAUUUUGGAUUUCUUAAGUAGUACUGUGUACGUGUAUGCACCCGCACCCGUAAACAGGAACUGGGGUACUUUAACCUCUCUAAUUCUAUUUCAUUUUCCAGAUACGAAAAAAUCUCUCUCUUUAACCGGUGAUCUGACCCAGGUGAACAUUUGGGAUACAUAUCCUAUCUUCCGUAUUCAGCGUAUAUCUACAAACUCAGCUUGUGGCGGUGGUAAUGUUGUGCAAUGGAAAGACUUCCUCAACGCAAUAUCAGUGAGAGAUGUCCAGUUAUAUUCUUGUGACGACUGCCCCAAACGCGUGGGCUUUAAAUUUGAUAAGAAGAAACAAAAUAAUUUGGUUUGAAAUAAUUACUGCAUAAAGUUAGUUGUAGAAUAUAUAAAACUUAAAAGUGCUUACGUCACGCAAUUUUUAAGACAGAAGACUUCAGGAAUGAACGGUGCAUUGUGGGAUACUUUUGGUUCAGUGACUCAUUCUUUGAAAAUUACGUGAAGUAAGCACUUUUUUAAUUAAGCACACAAUUUCGGGAGUAAUAACCAUCUUUAUUUACCAUCUUUAACAAAUGAAAUGAUACAACUAUUAUAAAUUGUUACAAUAAAAUAACAUUCCCAUAAUAAUUACCAUAAUAUAUACUGUAUCGUGUUCUAUUAUAUUAGAGAGGUUUGGAUUUGAGUUCCUCUACCGCUACCGUUACCAUAAAGGAACCAUUAACCAAUCAGAUGCGUUUGAUAUAUCUGAUCAACCAAUCAGAUGCGUGCUUACUAAACCAGUGAGAGGUAGUGUUAGCGACAGUGGAAGUCAAAUCUGAACCUUUAUGCUAGCACUGAAGGUACACAAAUUAUGAACUGGAAUAAUACAGAGACAGCUUCUUAUCCACAGCAGGAACUGCUGGGUCCUAAUCGGGCAAUUAAAACUGUUGCUUGACAAUUAAGUGUCUCACUAACAACCAUGCGGUGCGUUUUGGGUUGCAAAUUUGAUUUCCUUUAUAUUUUUAUCAUGAGUUACCUUUAUCAUAAAAAGUUUCAAGCCAACAUUAAAAUUUUUGAAUAUUAAAUUUUUUUCG